AUGUAUUCCUUCCUUUAUAGAUCUAUUUGUCCAUUUUUCAGGACAAUCGUAAAGCCACUGUUACCGGAACGAACUCGGCAGAAGGUUUUUAUAUUUGGUUCAAGCUGGAAAACCGAAAUUCAAAAUGUUGCUAUUCCGGAAGUAUUGCCGGCAUAUUGGAAUGAUGACAAAAUAAAG